AUGGCUCUUAGUUUUUCACUUUGGGUUUUACAUUCAUUUUUGUCGGUGCUGCCCGUUCUCUCCGUGAGGCCCCUUAUUACGCAUGGUGUCACGGAAACCAUCGGCUAUGAAAAUCAGCCAACGUCUUUGCAAUGCAGAAUCAGAAGCAACGGACCUGUGAUUGUUGACUGGUACAGAAAUAACUCGAAGUUAUCAGAAUCUCUGGGCUAUCGAAUUGAAUCUUCAAAAUUAUCUGAUGACAUUAUAGUGAGCAAUUUGUUUUUUCGGAUUUCUCGGAAAACCGUUGGUGCUUACUAUUGCAAUUCAUCCAAUGACUUUGGUUGGGCCGUUUCUUCUCCGGCUAAUGUAUUUAUUGCAUUCAUGGAGGAGGACUUCAUUGUUGAACCCCAGUCAAAAUCCGCUAGCGUCGGGGAAACUGUUAUUUUGUUAUGCCAGCCACCUAUUGGAUCGCCAAAAUCGGUGGUUACAUGGUACAAAGAUGACAAAAAAGUCGAAUCGUCUAAUCGCAUUCAGAUAAUGGAUGGCACGAGUUUAAAAAUCGAGAAAGUUACUUGUGCUGAUGCAGGCGUUUAUUCUUGUGUUGCAAAAUCUUCCGCAUUCGAAAAAUCUAUUAAAAAGGCUUACCUCCAUGUUCACCAAAGGCCACUUUUCUUAGUAGCACCUGAAAGUCAAACGGUUCCAGUAAAUGGUAUUGCUGAAUUUGCUUGUCGCGUUGCUGGUGAGCCUCCUCCGUCUCUGACUUGGCGCCGCGACCCAAAUAUUCCUGCCAUAUCAACUACCCGAGCUACACUUUUAGCAGAUGGUUCGUUGAAACUCACGAAUGUCCGAUUGGAAGAUGCUGGGGACUACGUUUGUCAAGCUAGCAACGAUGGUGGGGUGGUAGAAGCCGUUGCUCGCCUCACAGUCACAAGCCCUCCUGGAUUUAUCGAAACGCCACCAGGGAACGCUGUUUUUCUUGAAGGCACUCGAGCUGAACUUGUUUGUCUAGCAACUGGAUUGCCGGUUCCAGAAAUUCGUUGGAUUAAUAGAAAAACAUCAGAAUAUUACUUGAGUUGGAUUGAAUCGUCCUCGCAGAGGGUUACAGUAACCAAAACUGGAUCAUUGAUAUUUAAUGCUGUUAGGAUGUCGGAUUCAGGAACGUACGAGUGUCGAGCUUCAUCGCCAGCUGGAUUCACUCGGACAGUUAUUCAUCUACUUAUUCGCCCGAACCCUCAUUUAUUUCCCAGUCGUGUUGGGGUUGUCACGAAAUCACCUGUCUAUAUCAAUUCUUUAAAACACAUUAAUGAACUGAGAUUGGUCUGUUCAGUCCCUAACUUAUCAGAAUUUUACGAUUACAUGGCAUCUGGUUUGGGGAACACCACAGAAAUUAAUAGCCUUAAUACUUUUGCUACUUUCAAAGGCUCUUGGUACAGAGACGGAGAGGAGAUCACACUCUCCACCCCAUCAAAUGGUCGAUAUCACUUAGAUGAAGAAAAUGCACUUAUUAUCAAUCCGGUCCAUCAAAGCGAUGUGGGCAAUUAUUCUUGUAUGGUCCUUGGUUUGAUGAACAAGCGUGUAACCUUUUGGUAUAUCCGGAUACGCCCUAUUUCACUUGAUAGCCCGUUUAGCGUACCUGGCGUGGCGUCAGACGUUCCCCUUCCACCCUUUAACGUAAAGGUGUCAAGCGUGGGUGACACGUGGAUUUCCUUGGCCUGGGAUUACGUUUCUGGAAGGGAUAUUAACUCGGACGUGGCGUUUCAAGUCUUCUUCUUGCUGCAAUUUCAUAACUCGACUUACGUGCCCAGUCAUCAUGCCAAAACGUUCAAUUCAGUACAGGUAGUAAAGCAUCCCAGCCAUGAUGAUGAACCUCCAGUUAGCUUUGGCGCUAUCAAUGAUGGCCAAUACUCAGUAGAUGUUUGGAAAAGAGCCAGUCAAUCGACUAAGGAAAAGCGGUUUCGCUUGACGGGUCUACUUCCUGAUAGCGGGUACUGGAUCGAAAUUCGUGCGGCGAACUUGCAUCUAUGGAGUCGAGGAGCGCUUGUGAAUCACAUCGUUUAUACUAAACAAUCAAAGCCCACAAUCCAGUCCUCUAAUUCUCACUCUUUGGAGUCAAGUGAGAUGGUAGAAGAUUUUCAAGACCUUUCAACUCGCGUGAACUCUCUUGUGUUUCUCAGCAUCGGUGCCCGUAGUCUGAGCGCCUCAGAAAUGUUCAUCAGUUGGACAAUGCAAACAAGCAACAAUGUUAUCGAACUCGUAGAUGGCUUUCAGAUCACUGCAAAACCCGUGUUCAUGUCUCGCUGCUCGGCUCGUGCAACUUCUUUUGUCAAAGACCUAGCAAAUCCACCAUCAUUUGGAGCGAAACAACGUUCCCGAUUUGGUUAUGGCGACGCCAUUACACCCACCAUCGAGCAGGCCCAUUGCAGCUUCAAUAGUGAACAGCUGAUCGAACGGUUUAGACAGGCCUCUGUAAAUACGGCACAGGCUUCAAGUAGAAAUACAGUGCCUGAAAAGUUGUUGAUUGUUUCUCGUAUCAUCUCCAGAGAAUCGCCUAACAUAGGCGCGGUGAUAGGUGGUCUUCAUCCAUUUACUUGCUACGAGGUCACCAUUAAGGCGUUCAAAGAUGAUCAAACUUACGGAAGGAUUUGGAGUCGCGAAACUCCGGCCGAAUUGGUACUAAGUCUAGACUCGGCGCCCAGCGAAGCACCUCGGCUUAUUUCCGCCCAUUGGUUGAGUCGUGCUGUCCCCCAAAAUGUGUUUAAUCUCCCUUUCCCCGUUGGAAAUGUCUCUCAUUAUUCCAACAAUUACCAGAUCACAUCUACCGUAAUUCGUUUAAAAUGGGUGCCUCUGGAUUUGCAUUUUGCUCAUGGAACUCUGAUAGGAUACUCUAUUCACCUUAUCGCCAAUGAUACCAACCAUACACAAUCUCAAAAAGUAAGUCAACUAUCCAGCAUUUUGUCGGAAAAUGAUUUUAUGUGA